AUGUCGCGGAAAAAGUUUGCUUUUGCAUCUGUGGAAGCAAAAUCCACAUAUAGCUCUAUAUAUGCGCUGCUCGUAGCACUUCAGCUAAGAAAAGCGUCUGAGAAGGUGAAAAUGCUUCAACAAGACCGCCAUAACGAAUAUAAUUUAAGAGCGAAGGAGUUUGAAAAGGCGUGUGAGGACAAGAACCCGAACAAAACCUAUGCUUUACUGAAACAGCAUGGCGGCAAGAUUAAAAGAUAUUCACUAGUCCUCAACACUGCCAAUGGAAUGGCUAUCGGUGAUUCCUACCAAUUUGGAGGGAUCACUUCAAGACCUUGCUGA